AUCGGAUGGAGGGAGAGUGUGAGUGUGAGUGAGAGAGGGGCAGAGAACGAGAAAGGAUAUAUUGAUACAAAGCGCCAGUGGUUUCUCUUCAGUGUGUGUGAGAGAGACCAUGAGUGAAGACAACAAGGUGGAGAGCUGGAUCAGAUGAAGACUGUCAUUGGUCCUUUCCAGUGGUCCCGAUGAGCGUCUCCAAAGCACCUCCGCCCCACUCCCACUUUCCCCCCAACAACCCAUCCUCCCAUCUCCCCCUGCCUCCGCCCACCUCCUCUUCCCCCUCCCUGUCCACCCCUCCCUCCGCAGCGGGCCCCCCCAGUCCCGCUGUGCCUCCCCCUCCCUCCCCAGUGAAGAUCUCCAUGCAGGAGCACUUUGCCAUCAACGUUUGUCCCGGCCCUAUCCUCCCCAUCCCGCAGAUCUCUGACUUCUUCCCUCGCUUCCACGAUUUCCCUAUCACACCCCUUCCACCCCGGGAGAAACAAGUUCUAAAGGACAAAGACAAGGAUGGAGACGGGGAUGUAGAGAAAGACUGCAGGAGGGAGAGAGAGCAAGAGGAGAAUGGAGAGUUUGCCGACUCAGAUGACGAUGACACUUACCUGGGAACUCUGGAGUUCAAUUUGCUGUUUGACCAGGAAAAUAACUGCUUACACUGCACCAUUCACAAGGCCAAGGGACUAAAGGCCAUGGACUCCAAUGGAUUGGCUGAUCCAUAUGUGAAACUCCACCUCCUGCCUGGAGCAAGCAAGGCAAAUAAACUGCGCACUAAGACUUUAAAAAACACGCUGAAUCCUGUGUGGAACGAGACCCUAGUCUAUCACGGCAUCACGGCAGCUGACAUGACCACAAAAACCCUCAGGCUGUGUGUGUGUGAUAUGGAUCGUUUAGGACGGAAUGAGUUCAUAGGUGAAGUCAGGGUGGCUCUCAAGAAACUGAAGGAGGGAGAAAACAAGAGAUACAACAUGGGCCUUGAGAGAAUUGCACAGACCCGGGAGGGUAACAGUCAGGCAGUGGAUUCUGGGGCUGUUGUUGCAGAGGAGGAGCGUGGCCGUAUCCUGGUCUCUCUUAUGUACGUCACAGAGAAGAGCUCUCUGGUUGUGGGAAUUAUUCGCUGCGCCCACCUGGCCGCCAUGGAUUCUAAUGGCUACUCGGACCCCUUCGUCAAGAUUGUUUUGCAGCCUGACAUGGGAAAAAAGUCCAAAUACAAAACUACGGUGAAGAAGAAAACUCUAAACCCAGAGUUUAAUGAGGAAUUUUCCUAUGAAGUUCCACAUGAUCAGCUCGCCAAGAAAACCUUGGAGAUCUCAGUCUGGGACUAUGACCUGGGUAUGAGCAAUGACUUCAUAGGUGGAGUUGAAUUGGGAAUUAAUGCAAAAGGAGAGAGACUGAAACACUGGUUUGAGUGUCUAAAAUACAAAGGAAAGAAAGUAGAAUAUUGGCACACACUAACACAACAAGGAGCCCCUAGCAGUGACUAACGCACAUGCACAUACUCAGACCAACAUCCAUGUGCACAUGUUUCAUUCCCUUCUGAUAAGUAAUAAAAAAAAUAAUGGAGUAAUAAUGAUAAAGAAAUGCAAUAAUGCUUAAUCUGGGAGUGAUGGUAACAUUCAGUAUUAAAGAGUGAGAUAAAGCAUAAUAACCUAUUGUACAGAUAAAUGUCAGACCUUUACACAGUCUUUUUUGCUGAGCAAGAAGUGGCAAGUGUGAUCACAAGCCCGGAUUGUGACGCACAACUGUGUGUUGUCACAUGCAUUGACCCCUUUUUCCAGCCUACACGUCAUUUAUUUGAAAUUGUAUCGUGUUGUGACUAUGCCACAGGAGCCCAUGCCAUAUUAUAGUGUUAUUAAUUGUUUAUUACAUGUUAGUAAACAUGUAAUAGCAUCCUGGUGUUUGUUACAGUUGGUGGUGCCGUAAUUUUGCACACUGUCAAAGCACAACAUAUCCAGCUGACUGUAAAUGUCUCUGUGUGCCUACUGUAUGUAUUAUGUGGUUCAUUUUGUAUGAAAGUUUACAGUCUCUUCCAGCCCAACAAAAACAUGGAGUACAUGAAAAGCACAAGAGACAGUUUGCAAAGAAAAAUGGACACAAAUUUGAAGAAAGUAACUGCUUAUGGAUUUAAAGUUCACUCAAGAACUUAUCUCCACCUGGAGACUACCAUCUGUCACUCCAUGCAGGACUAUAUUGACAGUCAUCUCAAAAAUCUGCACAACUCUUUCGGGAAAUGUAUUGCAAAUGUGUGUUUGCGCGUGUAUUUGUGUGUGUGUGCGUGUGUAUUUGUGUGUGAAUGUAUCAGUCUGUUUUUAUCUGUCUAUAUUUGUGUCUCUGUUGAAUGUUUUGUACAGACUCAUACAAAAAAGAUGCUCUGAUGCACGUUGACUGACUUUCUCACUUUCUCUCUUGCACCCUCUACUGGUUUAGAGGUCUAACUGCAAGCACCGUAGGUGCCACACACGAAGGACAGUGCGAAUCACUACCAAUACGGGGGUUGAAUCGUCAACAACAGUCUCUAGCAGGCCUCAUGCAGUUCCCUUAGGGGGUUAAAUUAGUAAUCAGACAAAGCCUUUGAUGGACAAACAACCAAUCACAGGACAUCGUAGGUUCACAUGAGUGUGCAAGAGCCCGGAGGCACAAAAAUGUGUUGCAGAGCAAUUAAAGGGCACACUUUGUUGUCCUGACAAUGUCAGCUGUGGUGAUACCUUGUAAAAAUUUAUUUUAAACACUCUUAAAGGUAAGGUGUGUAAUUUCAACACCACUAGCAUCACAUAACGGAAUAGAGCCCAACAGUCUGUUUCCAGAAGUAAAAUUCACAUUUAUUUUCUCCAUAGAUUUAUUGAUUUUUAACAAUAAUUUAUAAACCUUUAAAGACAAACCAACCGUGAGCUUCGAGGUUAUUUAAUGUUAUAUGUUUAUUAAAGCCAUCAGUCCACCUUAUUCAACUUCAUUUAUUUAAAAAUCGUGUUUAAUAGCAGAAUUCCUGGUUAAGAACUUCACCACCUGUGAAUCCUGAGCAGAAAGCUCCACAAAUCAGAAAAUUGCAUCAAACAAAACGCGACAAAAAAGCUCUGCAGGUCCUGCCCAUUUUCAUGAUGCACUGCGAAAGAUGCAAUCGAAAGCUUGUAAUUUUGUGUUUCACUUUGGAGUUGGUUGGUUUGGUUCAUGGCUUAGAACACUUUAAUAUAGGAUGGAAAAAAUUAAUGGGGAAAACACUUCCUGAACCAUGACGGCUGAAAAAGUGGACGAGCACUGUUGCGUUCUAUUGUAAAAAUAAUUGUUUUCAAACAGGUUUCCCAAACACCAUUGAUCAAAACUUCUUCCAUUGGUUGAAAUAACAGGUAGUCAUGCCCCAAACGUGAGUUUUCACGUUCAUUAAAUAUUUACAAAAAAUUUUAUUACAAAAACAACAUUCCUUCCAUGGCUGCCUUUGUGGCUCACUGAGUUCAACUUUGUCUUUUUAAAGGGAUAUUUCAUCCAAUAUUUAAAAUUUAUUUUUAAAUAUUUUAAUUAGAGUUAACAAUGACAGAACUUUUUUGGGUGAGCAACCCCUUUAAAUUUGAGUUAUUAAAUAAAUAGCCUAAAUGGUGUAUAAUUAUAAAAUGUUAUGCUAAGCAGCUGAAUGUCACAUGCUUUGAUGGACCGCUGAUCUGCAGUGCUUAUGUUUGCUCUAAUCAUCAGGCCCAUCUAAGGGUUUUUGUUUUUGCUCUGUGAACUGGGACAAUCCAGGCUACAUUUGAUGAAACAGCAUGGCAUUUAGAUAAUGGACUGGCACCACCUGCCAGCCAAGAUGGGACUUCAGGGAGAGCGUUAAUGAAGGAGAGGUCAAACUGAAGGAGGAUUAUUCGAGUUUCGCUCAUGUGUCCUUCGUUGACUGUCUGUGUGGAACAUGUGAUGUGACUGCCAUCGUGUGUCAGUCUGUGUAAUUGCGUCUCAAAAAUAAAACCGUGCAAAAGUGGCUGUUCGGUGGGGGGUUUGCAAACGAGAGUGAUGUCAAAUGGUGUUGUGCAUUUGAGUCAUAUAUGACCAGCAGUGAUAUGGCAAAUAAUCUUUCAUUCAUGGAAUGACUUUUAUUUUUGUGUUGUAACUAAUGGAAAAUGUUCCGAAGAGAAUGAACUAUAUUAAAUAACGAAUGCAUGAUGCAACA